AUGAUGAACGCAAAGAAGCUCGUGAAGAUGGCCAGGAAAUGUCAACAGAGAUCAAGUACUACAGUCAGCUCAACGUCUGUAGAAAAGGGUUGUUUUGUGGUUUACACAGCCGAGAAAGCACGCUUUGCUUUUCCAUGUAGCUCACGUGCAGCCCAGAGCAUCUAA